CCGACGGGAGGGGGAACCGAGAGGGAGAAAAAAAAGGAACUGGCUGAGCAACCCUUUGUUUCUAGAUUUGCCGACGAGAACGGAGAAGAGACCGGCGCAAAUUUACAUUCUGCUUUCUUAAAAUACAACAAGACAACACUUUUCUUCCUCUCACGUCCUCCGGCUUUGAAAGAUGUCCACCCCUGACCCACCUAUGGGCGGGACGCCUCGGCCGGGCCCUUCCCCAGGCCCUGGGCCAUCUCCAGGAGCUAUGUUAGCACCGUCACCUGGCUCUGCCCACGGGAUGAUGGGCCCCAGCCCUGGUCCCCCCUCCUCAGGUCAUCCUCUACCUCCGCAGGGCCCCUCAGGUUACCCUCAGGAUGGCAUGCACCCACUGCACAAGCCGAUGGAAGGCAUGCAUGAGAAAGGCAUUCCUGAAGAUCAGCGUUACGCUCAAAUGAAGGGUAUGGGCAUGAGACAUGGUGGGCACAGUGGCAUGGGACCACCACCCAGCCCUAUGGACCAACAUUCCCAAGGUUACCCCUCUCCUCUGGGAGGAUCUGAUCACGCCCCAAGUCCGGUGCCUGCCAACGGUCCUCCCUCUGGUCCCAUGAUGCCAUCCGGCCCUGGCGCUUUACCCAUGGAGGGUGGUGACCCACAGGCCAUGAGUCAGAACCGAAGCGUAGGUGCGGGUGUAGCGGGACCCAGUGCGGGACCUCCCAUCGCAGGAGGACCUGGUGUUGCUGGGGGAGCCACACCUUUUAACCAGAACCAACUCCACCAACUUCGGGCUCAGAUCAUGGCUUAUAAGAUGCUUGCGCGUGGGCAGCCUCUUCCCGAUCAUUUGCAGAUGGCAGUACAGGGGAAAAGACCGAUGCCGGGUAUGCAACAGGGAAUGCCCAACAUGCCCCCUGGCUCAGGACAAGGAGCAGGCCCUCCUGGACCGGGUGGCCCAGGACCUGGGGGUCCCAAUUAUAAUCGACCACAUGGAAUGGUCGGACCAAACAUGCCUCCUCCGGGACCCUCAGGGGUUCCCCCUGGCCUGCAGGGACAACCUCCUAAUGGACCACCUAAAUCAUGGCCUGAAGGGCCCAUGGUGAGCGCUGCUGCUCCUGCCAGUGGCCCACAAAAGCUGAUACCUCCACAGCCCACUGGCCGCCCCUCUCCAGUGCCACCUUCAGUUCCACCCGCUGCCUCGCCCGUCAUGCCCCCUCAAACCCAGUCUCCAGGGCAACCGCCCCAGCCGCCUCCUAUGGUGCUGCAUCAGAAACAGAACCGCAUCACGCCCAUCCAGAAACCCCGUGGCCUUGAUCCGGUGGAGAUCCUUCAAGAAAGAGAGUACAGGCUACAGGCUCGUAUUGCACAUCGCAUUCAGGACCUGGAGAACCUUCCGGGUUCUCUAGCUGGAGACUUGAGGACCAAAGCUAACAUUGAGCUGAAGGCACUGAGGCUCCUGAACUUUCAAAGACAGCUUCGUCAGGAAGUGGUGGUGUGCAUGAGACGUGACACGGCCCUCGAAACGGCGCUGAACGGCAAGGCCUACAAACGCAGCAAGAGACAGUCCCUCCGUGAGGCUCGUAUCACUGAGAAACUAGAGAAACAGCAGAAGAUCGAGCAGGAACGCAAGCGCAGACAGAAACACCAGGAGUAUCUCAACAGCAUCCUGCAGCACGCAAAGGACUUCAAGGAAUACCAUCGCUCCAUCACCGGAAAGAUGCAGAAGUUGACCAAAGCUGUGGCCACGUACCACGCCAACACUGAGAGGGAGCAGAAGAAGGAGAACGAGAGGAUCGAGAAGGAGAGAAUGAGGCGCCUGAUGGCUGAGGAUGAGGAGGGUUACAGGAAGUUGAUCGACCAGAAGAAGGACAAACGUCUGGCCUACUUGCUGCAGCAGACAGAUGAGUACGUGGCCAACCUCACCGAGCUCGUGCGUGCCCACAAAGCCGUGCAGGCCCUCAAGGACAAGAAGAAGAAGAAGAAAAAGAAGAAGUCUGAGGUUGUGGAGGGCGGAGCUCCCGCUUUGGGUCCAGAUGGAGAGCCUCUGGACGAGACCAGUCAAAUGAGCGAUCUGCCCGUGAAGUUGAUUCACGUGAAUAGCGGAAAGGUCCUGACCGGCAUGGAUGCUCCUAAAGCCGGACAACUGGAUGCUUGGCUGGAGAUGAAUCCAGGGUACGAGGUGGCCCCACGGUCAGACAGUGAAGAUAGUGGCUCAGAGGAGGAAGAGGAUGAAGAGGAUGAACAGCAUCAGCCUUCUCAGACCUCAGAUGAGAAAAAGAAGAUCCCAGAUCCAGACAGCGAAGAUGUGUGCUGCGAAGAUGUCCGUCACAUCAUCGAUGACGCCAAGCAGGAUGUCGAUGAUGAAUACGGUAGCGCGGCCUUCGCUCGCGGCCUGCAGUCAUACUACGCCGUGGCUCACGCAGUCACUGAGAAGGUGGAUAGACAGUCGCCCCUGCUGGUGAACGGAAUACUCAAACAGUACCAGAUCAAAGGCUUGGAGUGGCUGGUGUCUCUGUAUAAUAAUAACUUGAAUGGAAUUCUGGCUGAUGAAAUGGGUUUGGGGAAAACCAUCCAGACCAUCGCGCUCAUCACCUACCUCAUGGAGAACAAGCGAGUCAACGGGCCCUUCCUCAUUAUCGUUCCUCUCUCCACUCUGUCCAACUGGGUGUACGAGUUUGAUAAAUGGGCUCCGUCUGUGGUGAAAAUUUCUUACAAGGGCUCUCCAGCUGCUCGCCGAGCGUUCUUGCCCAUUUUGCGUAACGGCAAGUUUAAUGUGCUGAUCACUACUUACGAAUAUAUCAUCAAAGACAAGCAAGUGCUAGCCAAGCUGCGUUGGAAGUACAUGAUCGUGGACGAGGGGCAUCGUAUGAAGAACCAUCAUUGCAAACUGACUCAGGUGUUAAACACGCACUAUCUGGCGCCGCGGCGUGUACUGCUCACCGGCACGCCGCUGCAGAACAAGCUGCCCGAGCUCUGGGCGCUGCUCAACUUCCUGCUGCCCACCAUCUUCAAGAGCUGCAGCACCUUUGAGCAGUGGUUCAACGCUCCGUUCGCCAUGACUGGAGAGAAGGUGGACCUGAACGAGGAAGAGACCAUUCUGAUUAUCCGACGUCUGCACAAAGUGCUGCGCCCCUUCCUGCUCAGGAGGCUGAAGAAGGAAGUGGAGGCCCAGCUGCCUGAGAAGGUGGAGUAUGUGAUCAAAUGUGACAUGUCGGCCCUGCAGAGAGUUCUGUAUAGACACAUGCAGGCUAAAGGAGUGCUGCUCACCGACGGAUCAGAGAAGGACAAGAAGGGUAAAGGAGGCACGAAGACUCUGAUGAACACCAUUAUGCAGCUGAGGAAGAUCUGUAACCACCCUUACAUGUUCCAACACAUCGAGGAAUCCUUCUCGGAACACCUUGGGUUCAGCGGGGGCAUUGUUCAGGGAGCUGAUCUGUACCGGGCCUCUGGUAAAUUUGAGCUGCUGGACCGUAUCCUGCCCAAACUCCGAGCCACCAACCACAAAGUGCUGCUCUUCUGUCAGAUGACCACUCUCAUGACCAUCAUGGAAGACUACUUCUCCUUCCGCAACUUCAAGUACCUGCGCUUGGACGGAACCACUAAAGCUGAAGAUCGCGGCACGUUGCUGAAGAACUUUAAUGAUCCAUCCUAUCAGUACUUCAUUUUCUUGCUGAGCACCAGAGCGGGAGGUUUGGGUUUGAACCUGCAGACUGCCGACACCGUUAUCAUCUUUGACAGUGACUGGAACCCUCACCAGGAUCUGCAGGCUCAAGAUCGAGCCCAUCGCAUCGGGCAGCAGAACGAGGUGCGUGUGCUGCGUCUCUGUACCGUGAACAGCGUGGAGGAGAAGAUCUUGGCCGCUGCCAAAUACAAACUCAACGUGGACCAAAAGGUCAUCCAGGCCGGUAUGUUUGACCAGAAGUCCUCCAGCCAUGAGCGCAGAGCUUUCCUGCAGGCCAUCCUGGAGCACGAGGAGCAGGAUGAGGAGGAAGAUGAGGUGCCUGAUGAUGAGACCGUGAACCAGAUGAUCGCCAGAAGCGAGGAAGAGUUCGAUCACUUCAUGCGCAUGGAUCUAGACCGUCGCCGCGAAGAAGCUCGCAACCCGAAGCGCAGACCCAGACUGAUGGAGGAGGAUGAGCUGCCCACGUGGAUCAUGAAGGACGAUGCAGAAGUGGAAAGGCUGACCUGCGAGGAAGAGGAGGAGAAGAUGUUCGGCCGUGGCUCCCGUCAGAGGAAGGAAGUGGACUACAGCGACUCGCUCACAGAGAAGCAAUGGCUAAAGGCUAUCGAGGAAGGAACCCUUGAUGAAAUUGAGGAGGAAGUGCGCCACAAAAAGACAACCCGGAAGAGGAAGCGCGACCGUGACCUUGACCUUCCAGGGCCGGCCACGCCCAGCUCCAGUGGGCGGAGCAGAGAUAAAGAUGAUGAUACUAAGAAGCAAAAGAAACGUGGCCGUCCUCCUGCUGAAAAACUUUCGCCCAACCCUCUGGCACUCACCAAGAAGAUGAAGAAGACCGUGGAUGCCGUAAUCAAAUACAAAGACGGUAACGGAAGGCAACUGAGUGAAGUGUUUAUUCAGCUUCCCUCUCGCAAAGAGCUGCCCGAAUAUUACGAGCUCAUCCGCAAACCUGUGGACUUCAGGAAGAUCAAGGAGCGUAUAAGGAGCCACAAGUACCGCGGUCUAAAUGACCUGGAGAAGGACGUCAUGCUUCUGUGCCAGAACGCUCAGACCUUCAACCUAGAGGGAUCGCUGAUCUACGAGGACUCCAUCGUGCUGCAGUCCGUGUUUACCAGCGUGCGACAGAAGAUCGAGAAAGAGGAAGAGAGCGAGGGAGAGGACAGUGAGGAGGAAGAGGACGAGCUUGAUGAGGGAUCCGAGUCGGAAUCUCGUUCGGUGAAGGUGAAGAUUAAGCUGAGUCGAAAGGAAAAGGUGGAGAGAGGGAAAGGCAGGCGACGAACCGGCCGGAGCUCACGCCCUAAACCUGUCGUCAGUGACGAUGACACUGAGGAGGAUCAAGAAGAGGAGCAUUCAGCUAGCGGCAGCGACGAUGAUUAAAGCUCCCAAUGGACCAAUCAUAUCUCUUGCCCACUUCUGCUGCCGCCAGUACAACGUUGACGUAAAACUCUACAGACCAACUCCUGACGGCCAUUCCUGAAGGGCCUAGUUUUCUCUAGAUGAGCGACUUUUUAGAGCGGAAUUACACGAAACCAUUCAAUCAGAAUUAAAUAUAAAAACCAACAAAAAUCUUUCACUUGCAUAUUUAAGCAGACGAUCUUCAUUUAUGUAUAGUAAGACAGUUUAAGUAUCGAGCGGUUUUGUUUUUCCAUAUUUGUUGUUUUUAUUAUUUGUCUCACUAAAGUGACAUAAGAUGGACAGAUAUCCGAGUGGCCGUGAACCGUAAGAGGGGUUCAUGUUUAUAUGUCCUCCUUAUUGUUUUUAGCAGUGUGAAAGUCCCCACCUCACCCCAGAGCCCAGAAUGCAUGUUUGCCGGUUUCUUCUCGUUCAGUUUUUCUCUUGCUCUUGUUUAAAUUAAAAGGGGGAUUAAGGUACUUGUACUAGAUUUACUGUCAGGAGAGAUGGGGGACAAUAGGCUGUAGGAUUCUGUAUUGUGUCAGUGUCACUGGAAUUCCAAAAUGCACAAUAAAGACAUCUCAGAAAUACAGUGUGGUUGAGUGUUUUUGGACGGGUGUGCAGGAUUGUGUUCUAGUGUUAAAAUGAUAGUUCACCCAAAAGUUAAAAUUCUGUCAUCAUUGACUCACCCUUUUGUCAUUUCAAACCUUUAUGACUUUGUUUCUUAUGCAGAACACAAAAGAAGAUAUUUUCAAGAAUGUUGUUAAACGGCCCCCAUUCACUUGCAUUGGUUUUGUGUCCUUACAAUAGAAGUAAAGGGGUGCCGGUUAACAACGUUUUUCAAAAUAUAAUUUGAAAGAAAGUCACACGGGUUUGAAAUGACAAGAGGGUGAACAGAAUUUUCAUUUUGGGGUGUCUAGUCUACACACGUCUAGUGUACAUCUAUCCAAAAUAACACCAUAAGCGUACAGUAUCGCUCGUGUCUGUCACACAAAAAAGUUACACCCUCAAUUGAAAUAGGCGAUGGUAUGCAGAAGUCUUAUCUUUGAACACCAAGUGGUGCUGUCGUCCAAAAGUAAAAAAGAUUUAAAGCAGUUGCAUAGAAUACAAGAGCCUUGCUCACUAAGUCAGUUGUAGCUUUGGAAAAUAAUACACCGAAAGACUUGCUUUGGUGUCUGUGGGGUUUGUUUGGCUAAAUGUGCUUUGUUUCGUUGGGUCUUGAUGCAAAUCAGAAGUUCAGGCAAGCUCAACCAUCUCCGACCAUUUUUCUCUAUAUCCUUGAAUUAAAGGUAAAUUCUCAAGAGAAAAUCAUGUUGUAUAGUUUUUAUACUAAGGGUGCAUGGUUAAAUCAGUUUAGCCUUUCGAAAAAUAAGUUAUCCAAGAUGCAUGCGUUUCCCUUAUAUAAAUGAUAUACUUUGCCCUAUUUUUGUAUUUACUCACUUAUAAACAAAAAAACUGGAGACAUAGUGAUCUAACAGGAUCUUGGUUUCUAAAAAAACAUUUCAUACAUUCAUGUAAUGUGGACCGUUUAUGUGCAUUUCUGUAUUGAAACCUCAGUUUUUAAUUGCAUUGUGCUGUUGUUGUUUUCACAGUUUCAAAUGACACUUCUCACAGAGUUUUAUUGUUCAAUUUCCUAUAUCUUGGUAAUACUGUUUUAAUGACUGAUUCCCCUCAAGUGUUUUAUCUGGUAAAGGUUUAUUUUGUAAAAUAAUAAUGUGAUCGUUGCUGUAGUACAAGCUCUAAACAUUAUAUAUAAAUUAUUCACACCCUUAAAAUACUGUAACGUGUUUCGCUUUGACACACCUUCAUCUCUCCUGAUAUAUUAAAGAUGUUUGUUUAGUUAUUAGACU